AUGACACUCUCUCGUCUUUUUCACCCGGUCUCCCUGUCGCCACCUUCAUCGGUAUUCCCUCAGAUAUCUCACCCUUUCCCUCCCGUGUACGCAGAUCCCAAACAAUCUAAAGUCGUACCAACUUGUUCUUGGAUCAGUAAUUUAUUUUAUCCAAGUAUCAACCAUCUUGCUCCCACAACUCCAGAUCCAUAUAUCCUCAGGCUCUUGGAUGACUUUGGUGGAAAUCCAGGUCUUUCGAUAUCACAGCCUUAUGAAAAGGUGAUUGGUUCAUACCCACCCACCAACAAUAUACCCGCCAGUCCCGCAGGAUAUAUCAUUAACGGUGUAGUGGUAGACCUUCGCAUCACCUCGAAAGAAUGGAAGACAGAUACCCCCUCACCUUUGGUCACCGACUGGGAUUUGUUUGGUGCCAAUCUUCAGUUAGUGAGUAAGGCUGGCAGUAUCGAGUUCCCGAUUGCCAGAGGCGCCUCUUAUAUCACCAGUGUAUACCACAACUUGACUCCGCAAUUCUUUACGCAACAUGCUAUUAUCAGAAUCACGGCAGAUCAAGAUUUAGGCGGGGACGUUUAUUCUGGACAUAAAUUUAAGAUUUCAUUUAAUAAUAGUCCUACCAGUACCUACAUUAUUUAUGUCUUGGGUGAUAAGCCUUUAACAUUGCGAAAGGAAGGAUUUUCCAAUUUGAUUGCCACAGCGCCCUUUAAUGGUGUGAUUCAAGUAGCCAAAUUAGCAGAUAUGCCAGGUAGUGAAGCUGUAUUGGACACACACACUGGUGUUUGGGCCACUGGUGCUAAACUUGAAACCGGUGCUGAUAGCACUUAUACAAUUAAUUGGAAUUUGGCAGGUGACCUCUCCAAAAGGUUAUUGACAUUUGCUUACCCUCAUCAUAUAUCAAGCUUUGCUAACCAAGUAGUACGUACCAACAUGAUUCUGCAAUCCUCUUCCAAAGGACCUAUGGAAGCUGUCAUUGGUAACACCUGGAUUCUGAAAGAAACCGAUCUGCCAACCACCGAAUGGUUUCCUUCCAAUCCUGCACCGGAGCCUUCUACACGUAAUGAAAUUUUACAAGCCAUGGUAGAUGAUGUUUACUCCAACUACACUGAGAAUACUUUCAAGGACGACAAUUACUUUUCAGGAAAGGGGCUUCAAAAAUACGCUUUGCUGGCUUUAACGUUAAACAGACCGGAUGUGACACAGCUACAGAAUGCUGAGUUGGCUAAAGUAGCUUUGGAUAAGAUUAAGAACGCCUUGGUUCCUUACUUGGAAAACAGACAGGCAAAUCCAUACCGUUAUGAUCGUCUCUAUAAAGGCAUUGUAGCUAGAGAUGGAUUACCCCCUUCCAUGGGUGGAAAAGGCGAUAUCUAUAGUGAAUUUGGUCACUCUUAUUAUAAUGACCAUCAUUAUCACCAAGGUUACCUUGUUGUCACAGCUGCUAUUGUUCAUUAUUUGGAUCCCAGUUGGAGAACUGCCGAACUCAAGGAAUGGACAGAAGAUUUAAUCCGUGACGUUAAUAACCCGGUGGAUAACGAUCCUUAUUUUGCCCAAUUCCGUAGUUGGGAUUGGUUUGCAGGUCACAGUUGGGCUGGUGGUAUCAAAGUCAAUGGUGCAUUAGACGGAAGAGAUCAAGAAUCCGUUCCCGAGACGACUUAUUUUGGCAGAUUUAUGGAGUAUGUGCAUGGCAUUCAACAACUCCCGAUGACGCCUAUUUUAGCAGAAUAUAUUCGAACCCCUGAAUUCGUCAGUCAAGAAUGGACCCAAAAGCUUGGUGCUAUCGCACCUACAGUUCACUCUCCUUGGGCCGGUGUUCUAUACCUUAAUUAUGCUAUUAUCAAUCCAUCGGAUGCAUAUCCCAUUCUUCGUACUAUCCCUGUUGAUGAUGGCCAAACAAAAUCAUACUCACUCUACUUAGCUGCCACUCGACCUGGAUUUACCAGACGAUGUAAGUCUUUCCCUUAA